AGUGAUGACGGAGGUGCAUUUCAGGUACCAUGGAAAUCUCACCGGCCGGGCCCAUUUCCCCACCCUGGCAACAGAGGUUGACACCACCUCAGAUAAGUAUUCCAACCUCUACAUGUAUGUGGGCUUAUUCUUGAGCCUCCUGGCCAUUCUCCUCAUCCUGCUCUUCACGAUGCUCCUUCGGCUCAAACAUGUCAUCUCACCCAUCACUUCUGAGAGCACUGAAAGCGUCCCUCAGUUCACAGAUGUAGAGAUGCAGAGUCGAAUCCCCACUCCUUAAAGCCAGGCUGACGACAG